AUGGAGGCAGUGUCAGCUGGGGAGUGGCUGCGGAGGUGGAAGAAGGCCAAGGAGACUCAGAACCAGGAGAGGACCGAUAAUGAGAAGAAGAACUCAGAGGACGUCCGCGGUGAUAGUCCAAUGGAAGGCGAGAAGGGGUCCGAGGCUGUCGAAGUCGAGACUGAGAUCGAGACUGAGGCGAAUGACCAGGACAUUGCACCUCCUAAGUCUACAGUCGAGAAGAAGGGCAUGGCCAAGGCCAUCGAUAAGAAGACCGGAACAGUCAAAUCAGUCGCCGGGACCAAGCGCAAAGCGCCAACGACUGGCCAGGCCGGCGACAAUGGUCGAGCGACUAAGCGCGGCGGAGGAAAGAGCCUGAUCUGGCAGUAG